AUGGCCGCCCCGCCGCCCGCCGAGCUCCCUGCGGCCGCCCGCCGCCGCUGCUAUCGGCUGCCCGCCGUGGAGCCGCUGGUCUUCCUGGCCACCGUGUCCCUCAGCCUGCAGGGUCCGCUGGCCACGCAGUACCUCUGGGACCGGCUCGGCGCCGACCUUGGUUACUACGGCGCCAACGACAGCAGCUCCACCGGCUGCGGGAACAGCAGCGCCGGCAGCGACCCGCUGCGGCAGGAGGUGGAAGCUCUGGUCUCCCACUGGAACCUCUAUAUCAACCUGGGAGGUUUCUUUGUUGACAUCUUCUCCGUGACGCUCUUUGGGCCAUGGAGCGACAGCGUGGGCCGCCGUCCGGCACUCGUGCUCUCGGCAGCCGGUAUGGCCCUGCAAGCGGCCGUCUACCUCCUUGUCAUGUACCUGCACCUGCACGUCGCCUACUUUCUCCUGGGACGCCUUCUGAGUAGUCUUUUGGGAGACUACAACCUGAUCCUGGCCAGCUGCUUCGCCUAUGUGGCCGACACCAGCGAUAAAAGCACCCGCACGUUCCGCGUUGCCAUCCUCGAGGCGUGCCUUGGCAUCGCGGGCAUGCUGGCCAGCGUCGGUGGUGGCCACUGGCGCAGGGCGCAGGGCUACAUCAACCCCUUUUGGCUGGUGUUUGCUGCCAGUGUUGCUACCGCUCUCUAUGCUGCUUUCUGCCUUCAGGAGUCGGUGAAGCAGCCGAAGCCGGCCAGGCUGUUCACACUCAGUCACUACAAGGCUGUAUACAGGCUCUACACGGCCCCGGAACACCGGAGCUCCAGGAGCCAGCUUGCUCUUUACUCCCUGGCUUUCUUUCUCCUUGUCACCGUACAUUUUGGGGCCAAGGACAUCUUUGUCUUGUACGAGCUUGGCUUCCCUCUCUGCUGGACCUCUGACUUCAUUGGGUAUGGCUCAGCUGCCAACUACCUGGCUUACCUGAGCAGCCUGGGAGGUCUGCGGCUGCUACAGCUCUGCCUUAAAGACAGCUGGGUGGCAGAAAUAGCGUUGGUCUCCAAUAUUGCUGGACUGGUUGUGAUUUCUAUUGCUACUACAACUGCAGUGAUGUUUACAGGUUAUGGGAUUCUGUUUCUUUCCAUGGCAGCCACUCCAGUCAUCAGAUCCAAGCUCUCCAAGCUGGUCAGUGAGACGGAACAGGGUGCUCUCUUUGCUUCUGUUGCUUGUGUACAAGGGCUUUGUUCCCUUGUGGCUACCGGAGUCUUCAACUCUCUCUACCCUGCCACUUUGAACUUCAUGAGGGGAUUCCCAUUUCUCUUUGGGGCUAUAAUUCUUCUUAUUCCAGCAGCUAUUAUAGGGUUGAUAGAAAUCCGGGGCUCAAAAGCUGACUACAGUCACUUCUCACCUGCUUCCCCAUCCCAUGCAGAUGGCUGAGUGGCAGCUCAGUGGCAAGGAAAUGACCAGCUUGGGAGUAUGCAUUUGAAGACUUCUUCCCUUGAAGGACAGACUGGUGUGGGAAGGAUGCCUUGCUUGUCCUUACUGAUUUUUUUAAAUGCCAAAUAGUUGGAAAUCAUGGACCUGACUGCCCACAGGAACUCAAUUUGCAGAUGUGAAUGUCUCCUCACUGUUGUGUUAGUUCCUCUGUUAGAGAAACCCCAAGAGACCCAAAAGCCAGCCAAGAGUAAAAGCUGUUGGGGCCAUUUGCAAGGCUGAUUAGUGGUUUGGGGUUUGGUGGGAAGGGAAAGCUCUGUGGCAUGCUGUUAGCAUGAGAGAAGAGUGAAUUCUGCUUUAUGUGAAAUGACUGCUGGGCUUACAGCAGAGCCAGGAGCUCUAGGUGCCCUAGGUGAUCCUGCUUUGACAAGGGGAGGCUGGACCUGGUGAUCUCUGGAGGACCCUUCCAACCCCUAACAUUCUGUGAUUCUUUACCAACCCACAUUGCUGUUGUGAUGAGCUCGUGUGGGGACAGGACUUGUGUCUUCAGAGACAAAAAUUAAUGCUCCAAAAUUGCGUGCCAGUGACCUCACUUCUGCUGCCCAUCUCAGGAUGUGUUGAUGCCAGCCAGCAAACCCUGUGUUUAUGGUGCUCAUAAUUGUCCUUUGCAAAACAUUACCUGUAUUGCCUCAAUCCUCUUUUCUUCAGAGUGCCAUAAACCAGCAGUUCUGUGUACGAUGCAUUGCACAGGCUGCUCAGAUGGAUGCAAUCAUGUCCUUAGUGGUGCAUUUGCUUAGCAGACCUCUUACUUUCAGGAUGAAUUAACCCUCCAUUCCCUUUUAUGGUUCAUAAAAUUAUAGCUUUUCUCAUACA